AUGCUGGGAGUAAACUAUGAAAGCAGUGACGAGGAGGAGCAGCUCCCAGCGACGACAGCCAAGGUGAGACUCGCAUAUGUACCUAGGAGGACUUCGAUAGCUACUAAUAUCGAGUUGGCAAACGUUCCUGUAGCAGCCGUCUCCGUCCCCGAAGCUGCUCCCGAGAAGGUCACUUCACCGCCGCCUGCUCCAGUCAACGGGCCUGCGCAAGGCCCAACUGCGUCGCCUCCUCCAGCAGACAACGACGCAGCCGACGAUGUUCCUCCAGGCUCGCCGUACACGUCCAAUCGAGCUGUCAUUCAGAAUCUAACCUUACCCACCGUGCCCAAUUUCGAGAUCCCAGCUUCGCCGCCGGGCUCGCCGCCACAACGAGCGACAAAGAAGUUUGCCCAAUUUCUCGAGUUGAAGAAGAAGGGGCAGCACUUUAAUCAACGGCUGGAGAGCUCUUCGGUGCUGCGCGACCCCGGUCAUUCGCAAAAGUUGAUGAGCUUUGCUGGCAUCAGCGAUGAGGAGCAACAUGCAUCUACUCUACCCGAGAGUCUGGCUGUGCCUGUGGUGUUUCCACCCUGGGCAUAUGUAGAGGAGUUGAGGGCCUCGCAGAAGCGGAUCUUGAAGGCGAAGGAGCAGGAGAAAGCCAGAACACCGAGAGAGGCUAUUGACUUUGUCUCUGCGACGAGAUCUGAUACCUCGAGUCGCACAAGUACAUCUUCUGGGAGGACCUCUGCAUCGCAAAGCGCAAGCAAGAGGAAGGAGCUGGAACACAGAAGUCGAGAAGGAUCAUUGGCAGGAGGCGAACGGAGGAGUACAUCGAGAUCACCCAAAAGAAGACGGUGA